GGGCCAAGGGAUGAGCUGGGGUCGUUCUUCCCAAUGGCAUCUCCCCCUGGUCUGGAACUGAAGACACUGAGCAAUGGUCCCCAGGUUCCAAGGAGACCAGCCCCACUGGGCCCAGUGGCGCCAACCAGGAUGGGUGUGGAGAAUGCCUGCUUCUUCUCUGAGGAGCAUGAGACUCGUUUCCAGAACCCUGGGGAUGCCAGACUGGGUAGCUCUCCCAGUCCUCCUGGAGGUGUCCCCUCACUGACCCGGUCCCAGCGGGAUGAUCUUUCUCUGCAUUCAGAGGAGGGGCCGGGCCUGGAACCUGUGAGCCGCCCAGUCGACUAUGGCUUUGUUUCUGCUCUGGUUUUCUUGGUGAGCGGAAUCCUCCUGGUGGUAACAGCAUAUGCCAUCCCUCGAGAGGCCCGAGUCAACCCUGACACAGUGACAGCAAGAGAGAUGGAACGCCUAGAGAUGUACUAUGCCCGCUUGGGCUCCCAUCUGGACAAGUGCAUCAUCGCGGGCCUGGGGCUGCUCACAGUGGGUGGCAUGCUCCUGUCCGUGCUGCUUAUGGUCUCUCUGUGCAAGGGCGAGCUGUACCGCAGGCAGACCUUCGUCCCUGGCAGGGGAACAAGGAAGACCUACGGCUCCAUCAACCUGCGUAUGCGGCAGCUCGCUGGGGAUGGGGGCCAGGUCCUAGUGGAGAAUGAGGUUGUCCAAGUCUCAGAGACCAGCUAUACCACACAGGGCUCUUAAGUAAGAGUCCACCCUAUCUUGCUGCUUUAGCUGCAGAGCUUGGAGGUUCCCCAAAACCUGGGGCUUCAAAGUGAGAUCCACAGAGGGUCCUGUGGAGGGAGUUUUGAUGCUGGGGUGGGGGCAGCCAGGGUUCUGGCUUAGGCCCUACUAAGGCAAGCACUCCUGAUGUGUUUUGCGGCUUGAAGUUUUUGCAUAAGGCUUUGUUUGGAGGAUGGCUUCUGCUGCUAAAAAUACAUUUUUGGAAACCA